UCCAAUUUCUAAGAAAGGUGAAAAUAUGACGGGAAAGCCAUUGAAAGAUAUUGCUUUAGCUUUCAUUUUGGUUGUGUUAACUUUUAAGGCCUAUUCACUGCCUCUUUCAACAAAUGGAAGAUGGAUCAUCGAUGCUUCAAGUGGUCACCGUGUGAAGCUGAUGUGUGCAAACUGGCCUUCUCACAUGCAAGCCAUGCUGGCAGAAGGUCUCCAUCGUCGACGGCUCGACGAUAUUGCCGCCACUGUGGUCAAGUUGCGGUUCAAUUGCGUGCGUUUGACGUACUCAAUCCACAUGUUCACACGCCAUGCCAACCUGACCGUAAAAGAGUCCUUUGAAAAUUUUGAUAUGAAAGAUGCCAUGGCGGGCGUCAUCCASAACAACCCUUCUAUGUUGAACAUGACGUUAGUUCAGGCUUAUGGAGCUGUGGUCGAUUCACUUGGAGCACAUGGAGUCCUGGUUGUUUCCGAUAACCAUAUCAGUCAACCAAGAUGGUGCUGUAACGAUGAUGAUGGCAAUGGUUUCUUUGGAGAUCGCUAUUUUGAUCCUCAAGAAUGGCUACAGGGACUUAGUUUGGCAACUCAAAGCCUAAAGAAUAAAUCCCAAGUGGUAGCAAUGAGUUUGAGAAAUGAACUGCGAGGACCAAAUCAAAAUGUGGAGAAAUGGUUUGAAUACAUGAGCCAAGGAGCUAAGCUUAUUCACCAAACAAACCCAAAUGCUUUAGUAGUGGUUUCUGGGCUGGAUUUCGAUACCAAUCUCAGCUUCUUGAAAAAUAGAUCUAUGGGCUUCAACUUGGACAACAAGCUUGUUUUUGAGGCUCACUUGUACUCUUUUACGAAUGACAUGCGCGAGCUUUGGAUGUCGAAGCCAUUAAACACAUUCUGUGCUACUGUCAACCAAGGAUUUGAAGAGCGAGCUGGAUUUCUAGUGAGAGGACAAAAUCCAGUGCCUCUGUUUGUGAGUGAAUUUGGGAUUGAUCAAACUGGUGCAAAUGAAGGGCAAAAUCGAUUCUUGAGCUGCUUUUUUACCUAUCUUCUUGAGAAUGAUUUCGAUUGGGGCUUAUGGGGUUUGCAAGGUAGCUACUACUAUAGGAAUGGGGUGCGAAAUGACGAUGAAACAUUUGGCGUCUUAGAUUCCAAUUGGACAAAAGUUAGGAACCCUAAAUUCCUCUUGAAAUUUCAGCUCAUGCAAGCCCAACUUCAAG